AUGGCAGAGCUGCUCGCCUGCCUGCAGAGCAUAUCUGCUCAUGCGAAGGACAUGAUGGCUCUUGCCCGCUCCAGAGGCGCCACUGGCUCUCGUCCUACUCCCACCACUCUUCCACAUUUCGACGAGCUGCUUCCCCCCAAUCUCGACUUCGUGCGCACUCGUCUACAGGAGGCUCGCCUCCCUCCCAAAGCCAUCAAAGGGACCCUUUCUGCCUACGAAUCUGCCUGCGCGCGCUGGAAGCAUGAUCUUGAAGAGGCGUUCGACCGCACAGCACACUCCAUCUCCCCCCACAACUUCCAGCGACUUGCCCAAUUACGCACUCGGCUAUACGUCGAGCAGGUCCAGAAAUGGCUAUACGAGGUGCUUCAAGUUCCCGAGAGGUGGAAGGCGGAGAUGGAGAAGCAGCGCGCGCACAUCAACGCGACUAUGGGCCCUGACAAGACCACGGGCCCCGGCAAGCGCUCGCGACCCAAAUUCCAUUCGGAGUAUACUCCUGUCCUUGAGCUGUACUUCCACUUCAACGCCUAUCCCACGUACGCCGACCGGCGCAUUCUUGCAGAGAAGACCGGGAUGUUGACCAGGCAAAUCACUGUCUGGUUCCAGAAUCAUCGCCGACGGGCCAAAGGCCCCCUGCCUCGCAUGUCCCCCACCGCCAAGAUUCCGAUGGAGGAGUUUGAGCGUCAGCUCGAGAACUUAGCUCGCAAGAUUGUGCCGGUCCUCUUGCCGCCAACUCUACGACGCUUCGCACCCGGUAAUGAGAACAAGUCCCUUGCUGCCGCCUCCAGGCAGAGCGCAGGGAAGUCCUCGAAGAACGCGAAACGACUCUCCGAAUUGGAGAAGGCUCAACAAGUCCCACGCAAGCCCUCAGAGAAUGCGGAGGCAGGCCCGUCGUCAUUGGGCGCUAUGCUGGCGAGGGUUAUGCAUAAUGACAGCGUCUCCAAGAAGAAGUCGAAGAAGGCCAAGAAGGAGAAGGCCUCCCAGCAGAACGUAGUGUGCGACGUCGAGAUGCGCGACGCGACAGCGACGAAGGAGAAGCGUCGCAAGAUGAAGAAGCUCCCGCGCGCUGCUGGUCAGCCUUUCGACGUGCCGAUGGAUGUCGAGCGCGCCGACAAAGCAUCGAGGAAAGCCAUGAAGAAGGCGAAGAAGUCCCCUCGUGCAUUCGACUCCAGGGCCGAACUUGCUUUCGCUCAGGCGGCGUACCCUUCCCCAUCGCAAUACGCCUACGUUCACUCGCGCAAACCCUCUGCGCAGCAGAAACCAUCAUCCGAUUCUCCUCGCAAAGAUUUCGGCCAGCUGGGGAAGGGAAGGCCAUCCUCGAAUUCAACGUCCUCAACCGUACCUCCUCACCGUGUUUCGUCCCGCCUCAACGCCAUGCGGCCCCCAUACGCUUUCCCAGCUCCGUAUAACGCAGCCGCCGUCCCGUUGACGUUCUCUGUUGCUUCAUCUACCCAAUUCGCCUUCGCCACCGACAACCGUUCCUUCGGGUUUGCGGAAAGGACACCGAGGAAGGCAACAGUACCUGCUGCGUGUACCCUCAUCGACUACCUCAUUUCCAAGUUUGCCGGCCUCCGCUUACUAUGCGUUGAGCAGAGCGUCUCCUCGCGGAGCAUAUCCUUAUCGACCUCCGAAAGUGGCAAACUGGCGGGCCUCCGUACAGAGGGCCUGACCACGGGAGAGGCAUCAGGAGUGCAGACUCACGUCGACUCUUACGCCGCUCGUCGCGCGAUCACUUACGUGCCUCCAUCUGCUCCCUUGGAUUGCGUCGUGCACAACCUCGCGCGUGCUCUUCAGCUCAAGCAGGUCCGACCAAUGGUUCUCGCCCAGCCUGUUGUGCAGCCAGAUGCAUUUGCUCCCUUCAUCGCUCGGGCCGAGCGGCGUGCACGCCGCAAAGAACGGAAGCAGAGGAAGGCGCUGGAGGAGAAGCAGGCGAAGAAGGACAGGAAAGAGCGCCAGAAAGCCUCUAGGUCGCAACGCGAUUCACCCUCUAUGGAUGCGGAUGUCCAGAGCAGGGCAUCAUCCGUUGCCUCUACCAGCUCGCUGCCCGCGCGAAAGUCAUCGAAAAAGUCCAGGAAGUCCAAGGGAGAGUCUGCCGCGUCCUCUCGCGCGACGUCGGUCGCGUCGUCCGUUCGCACGCCUUCCCUCUCCUCCACUUCUUCUCGCCGCUCCUCCGGUAUGUCUAUGCCUGGUACCCCGCGUCCAGAGCAAGACCUGCCGAUCAUGGCGACCGCCGACUUCAACUUCGCAGGCGACGAAGACGUCACGAUGACCCCGGACCUCGCGGCCCAGCUGUUCGGCGAGGAUGAGGAUGGCGCUGCUGCACUCGGCCAGAUGCAAUACGAAGAAUUCAGCCCGGACAUGCUCACUUUCACCAGCACUGCUGGUGGCGCCCUCAGCGACAUGACUGCGGACGUCAACAUGCCCGACCUGGGCAACGCCUAUACCAGUCAGCAAAGCGUUGACGACAUGAACUGGACAGGCUUUGGGCUUGAUGCACAGAACUCUGCAUCGCCAGGUUUGUUCGGCGAUGAGUCGAACACCGGGCUUGACUGGCUUCUCAGUCACAAUCUUUUGGGCGAUACCCAAAUGUCCGACCUUUCUUACACCGCUCCUACAUCCACCCCAUCCCAGAUCAACAUCCUCGGCAGCACAUAUGCAUGCGAGCUCGGCGGCUCCGACAGCCUCGGCACGCCGUUCAACAUGAACGACUGGACCUUUGGGCUGGGCGCCUGCGACGAUGGCUUCGCUGGCUUUGGGAACAACCUCCUCGGCGGUACGGCCGUCGCCGUAUGA